ACCAGGGGAACGCGAGCCCGAGAAGUUGCGGUUGUUUGCCCUGCUUUCACCCAACUGACAUGAACACCGGAGAUACGGCGCAAAUUUUCUAAUUCACAGGUAAACAAACUUGCAUUGAAUUUAUCCGCUGACUGGAGGAGUGCUGUUGUGUCUUCUCGGGGUGUUUGACAUGGUGGUUCAUUCAAGAUAACGUCGGAAUCUUUGUAAACGAGUCAAUAUUAGCCCGUGUGCUAGAGCUAUCGUAGCUAACAAACUGUUGUUUCCUGGUGAUUUCAGCAGCAGGUUUACCAGCUCUGCUGACCCGGGGUUAUCCUGCUGUAGUACUACAAUGAAUUAAACCUAUACCGACUCAGGAAAUACCGACUUAAAGCUGACAAUGGAGUCAAAAUGGCUAACUCAACUGGGAUCUGUAUGGAUCUGCGUUUAUUUUCGCCCACGGGCUGAGCCAUUGACGUUUCGCGCUUGAACUCAAUAAUGUUGGUGAGUGUUUGGUGAGAACUCGAAGCAAGGACAGCUGAUAGCAUGUGAUUGCAGAGCUAUUCUCUGUCAGAAACGUUUUUUUUCGCACAAUUUUAUAUGCUCACAUGUUGUGAUAUGCGUUCCCAUCCAUUGUAGUUGUGCAGGAAAUAGGGGAGAGUGGGGUAAGAUGAGCCAUUUCUUAUAUUUCAGAUCUCUACAUCAAGGCAAUCGUAGUUUUGUCUCUAACUCUUGUAUCUGCAUAUAUUUCAAGAUGUUGUGCAUCCCUGCAAUUAAACAGAAUGAUUGUUAACAUAACUGUCUUGAUAAUAUAGCAUGCCAAAAAAAAGUGGACUCCUAUGGUCAACUUACCCCGUGUAUGGGGUAAGUUGACCAUAGGAGCAGGGUAAGUUGAGCUGUAUCCCUACUAUCCCCCCACUCUCCACCCCAGCCCUCUGUUACCUUCUCUCUCCCUAAAUAACAGUCACUUCUUCACAUUCAUGUGUAUUUUUAUCUAUUAUACACUAUACAACUGGUACAAUAACUUUUUUAUCAUUAUUAUUAUUAUUGCAUAUAACUGCUAAAAAGUCGUUUUGUAAAAAGUCAUUUUAACAUGAGAAUGUCUUUAAGUGAUUCAGAACAUUCACAGCUGUGUUUUUGAAAAGAAAAAGUAACACAUUUCAACAAUCUGAAGUGAAACUUUACAAGUCCUCGAAGCUACAAUGGUGGACUUUUAUGAUGUCCAUCUUCUAAAUAUUUGGUCACAUGAUCAAUUUCUUUUACCGUUUCCAAGCAACAGGGGCUCGUUCAACUUAUCCUUUGGCUCAACUUACCCUACUCUCCCCUACAUGAUCAGAGUGGUGUGUCUAAUACAGUUCUCUAAUUUCUACACAGGCACAAGAAGUAGAAACAAUAGUCUUCAACAUGCCGUCCCCGCAAGUCCUCCAGCCAGUCCUCAAGAUGAAAGUGGACGAGCUCUUCCUUAACUGGUUGAGUGAUCCUGCAACACAAUCGCUACUCAAGGAUUAUCUUGACCUGAUCAAAAGUGGGCAAAACAUUGAUUUGAACAGUGCAGAACCCCAGACCAAAAGGUUGAUGACUUUCAACGAGAACAACAAUGUGGCAUCCCAAAAGAACCUGGCAGAGAAGAAGCCUGCUCCCCUUGGUACUCCCUCCAGCCCCCCUUCAGCCAGCACCCUGCCCUCUGGUUGUAGCAGUAAUACUAGAGUGACCGGACCCAAUGGCAGAGUACUACGGAGGUCUGUCAGCGCAAAGAAGGUAACGAGAUAUCUCCUCAAACAGUAAAUUAAUAAACAACAUGAGGUGGUGUUUAUCUCUUGAUAUCUUUAAGCAGGUAGCUCAACCCUUCUUUGCAAUGUUAUGAAACCGUCAAACUGGUUAUAAUGAGAUUUGGAGGUUCUUAAAUUAUCAAGCUACAGGGCAAUCAGAUCUGCUGUGUCUUACUUAGAGUAUUCAAAAUAAUGUUUCUGGCCAUCCAAAUUUCCAUUGAUUUAUGGAUUUAACAGAAUAAUGUCCUAAGUGAGCUCUGUUCUGUCUGUUAGCAAGUGCUGGUAGUAAAGUCAGUAAGGUUCUGGUCAACAGUGAAAUAAGCUAUCAGAUUUUGUAAGUUAGAUAAACUUAAAUCCUGAAUUUGUGCUUCAUUAUGUAAAUUAAACUUGUGGGAGUGUAUCCAUGUUAACCUAGAUACACCUGUACAGUCAGAAGCAUUAGAGGAAUGAAGUUAAUAACUGCCUUAGUUACAGGUAUGCACUCCUGUACUUCAUAUAGAUUAAGGAGGUAAGUGUUUGUGACUGUUACAAAACCCAGGUUUCUGAACAUCAUAACACACAGUCUAAUGUACAUAAAGUAUUUAGUACAAAAUAAGCAUACAUUUUAACGCAGUUUAAGUGAAAGGUUGAGUGUUAGGAUGAAAAAUACAGUUAAAGACAGUAAAAGUGAUCAGUGCAACACCUAAAAUAGAUACUCAAAUUUCUUCUUCAUAUGUCUUUUUUUAACAAGUGCAUAUUAACAUUAUGCAGUGGAAAAAGCACAACUGUGAAAGUUUUAAUGCAUUACCUUUUUUUAUGUGCUUAAAUAUUCGUGUCCAUAAAGUGUCACACUUAGUGCGCUCACUGAACAUUACAGUCAUUGUUAAAUCUUUGCUUCCUCUGGUAUGAUAGUUCAAAGAGUUUGCCGUUAACAGUUUGCCUACCGGUUCAGCUCAGUGAGUUAGAUUGAGUGUCCCGUGUUCAGAGGGUUCAGUUCUGACUCAAGGCCUUCAAGACGCAUGUCAUUCCUGACUGCAUCUCCCUAGUUUCCUACUGCAUCCACUGUCCUGUCUUUAGAAGAAAAGUGUUUCAGACCAUAAAGAACAACCAAAAAAAGGCUGAUAUUAGAAGAAGUCAGAGAUGUAACUUGUCUUUCUGUAUUUGUUGGUUUUAGAUGGUGGGUCCUACCAACAGUAUAAUUUUCAAAUCAUCAGAUGUCGCCUGUUCUAGCAAUUUAGGGUUGAUCUUUUUCCCCGAAUCCCUGGCCUGUAGUUUUUCCCAUAAGAUCAGUGUCUGUUUCAGACAAGUGAUCUGGAUGAGUCCUUAGUUGUCAAGUUUAUUUCCCAAUGCUGGCCACAAGAGGCUGCUGAGUGUCCUAUGGGAUCAAAGGGAAUCAAGGACUGUCCACCCUGCACCAUCACAGUGGAGCCUCCGUGUCUGUAGGCAUUUGUAGUGAUUGUUAGUCAAAUACUUUCCAAAUGUUCACGCCUCACUCUUGAGUAAGUGUGGUAUGAGAUGUGGGUGCGUCCAAGCCCAGCCUAUCCAGAGAGACUGCAUCCACUUUGUGUGCUUUAGGUCAUAUUGUUGCUGUGACGGGGAUCCUCAGAGGUUUAUAGUUUUAGCUGCUUUAAUUAUAGAAGAAAUUGUGCAGCACUAAGAGUAAUAAAGCCCAAAAUAUAUCUAUUCAAGGACUCCCACUGUGUUGGGAAGGCUUCCACAUUGUAAACAUAGUAAGUGUGAUGACAGUGAGACAGUCAGACAGCUGGGGCAAGUCCUCCUAGAGACUCCUCCUUCUACAUGUUGACAUGCUAAAGACAGGCAUGAGGAGAUAUUUGAGUGGUCACUGGUGGGAAAUCUAAUCUCUCUUUGACCGAAACACUCUUGCUAGGAUUCGGGCCUAACCUCAUGCUCGGGACAAGGCAAAUGUCGCAGAUGAUGAUGCCGAUGUUUCUUUAGUUAUGUCUUAUCCAUGCGUGACAUAUCAGCUUGCAGAAGCUUGGAAGUUUGUAAAAUUCUGUGUGAAGCAAGUUCAGGAUUGCAUGUUAACAAUUUCAGACCUAGUUUAAGUGCUCAAAAGGCAGAUUUAACUUAGAGUGACAGUAAAUAAUGAUUGAAAACUCCAUCAUGCACUGCUCCCAUUCUUUUUAGACAGAUAUGGCUUAUUUUUAUGCCUCAAAAUUAAACACUUUUAUACAUUUUUUGAUCUUCUGUUAAUCAAGAUAUCUCCAAUUUAGGCAGAGCUAUUAAAAAAGCCUUACCACCUUUUGAGAAGUCAUUCUUUUCCAACAGAGCCUUACGGUUGUUAAAGAGGCCGCCAAAGAAGAACAAAGCAGUGUGUUGGUCUGCUUUAACAGGUUCGGGGUUUAAAUGAUCCUCACAAGUCUGAUGAUGAGACUUUAAUCUUCAUUUUUCAAGAGUAUUCUCUUUCUCUUUCUUAUCUACUUCACAUGUGCCCUGAUGACGAAGAUGUCUGACAGGUGGAUUGAACCUCUUGAUUUCACAUCAAUUUGUCUUUUCCUCCCGUGACCCCUGCCCCCUAAUGCUUCUCUCUCACCCCAGCUUAACAUGAAGGCAACUGCUGAAUAGUUUGUGUAUUCUGCCGUGAUGUGUCAUGGCAUGUGGCAACACUGUGUCACUCAAUAUUAAAAGGAUUGUGAGGUUGUAUAAAGUAAUACUUCUAUUUUAAGACAACACAAUGAAUUCCUGCAUACAGAUGCAUUCUUCAGGGGAUUAGUCAAAAAUUCAAUUUAUGUCAGGCUGCUGCAGCCUGGAACAGCUGGUGUGACUUUGACAUCAGACACUGAUAUAGAUAGCCUUGGUUCCCUUGUGUUGGCAUUAGAUACCCAGAACUCUUGCCAGUGAGAUGAGGCGUGGCAGGACAUUCAUCCCGUGUAAUUUGCUCUGAAACAACUUCUGUUAGAUGCUACUCAUAUAUAGAAUAUGAUCUUUUAUUUACUCCUUGUACAGUAAAGAUCAGGACUGCAUAAAGGCUUGACUUUGUUAAUAUGUGUAAAUAGGUCACACCCACAGACUCUACAUAGGUUAACAGAUAAAGUGCGUAAAGAGAAGUUCACUUUGAGCAUUUACUUUUCGGUGUGUUCUCAGCUUCUAGAUUUAGGAUCAGAGGUUAUUUCUCAAGAUGUGAUUUUAUUUUUAUCGUGCUCACUUGGGCUCAGUACCAUUGAAGCUAUUUGAAGACGGGGUCUAGGGGUCACGUUAUCAGUUGCCUGACCUGUCAGAGAGAACCAGGUGUUAAACUGUUUCCCGCAAGUCUUUUUAUUUUGGAGUAUUUCUAACUUGGGACUCAGGAAUGUUUAAAGUACAGCUGCAGAAUUUGGGUUUGGGUUUUGUCCUGGGCAUGUAAGAUUGCUCAAAAAGUGACCUCUGCAGAAGCUGAUCGCCUAUGCAUGUACGGAAUAUUUCUUGAGUACUGUGGCACCUUAUACAGAUUGCAGAUCCUUUCUGGUAUUUUGUUUUGUUUUGUUUGUUGUUUGUUCAAACCUGGACAGAAAAGUAUCUUGACAGAUUGAUGGUAUCACCCAAUAGGGGCCCUUACAGAUUGCAUCAGUAUUUGUGCAUGUGGUUAGAUACUGCAUGUGCCCACACUACAAAUACAAUAAACAAGGAGUGGUGUGAUGUUGAUAUAAGACAUUGUUUAGUUAAUUCUGCAGAGUAGAGCAUGUCCAGCUUCAUUUUCUGUGUUACUCUUAGCGCUGUCAGAGAUUUAUAACCAAGCAGCUAGCUUUCUGCACUUGACUUGGUUGAAGCUGUAGGCCUAUUGUAUUGUGACAUUUAUUUAAAUCUAGUUAUUUUUACAGAGGGAAGCACCUGAUCACCUUUAUGUAGACAUAUUGGUGCAUAUUCAUCCAGGAAAGGACUUAGCUCGCUUGGAUGGCUGGAAAAUUUGUAACCAGAGAAUGAUGAACCCUUAUAUGAAUAUUGUAAAGACGCCACAACUGUCCACUGUGGUUUAAAAUUUUACAAUGUCAUUUAGCAAACGCUUUUAUCCAAAGCAAUGUUCAUUCAGGAGAUGUUAGCCCAUGUUAACACAAAGCAAUUUUUUCUUUAUUUUGAUUCUCAUUUGGUAGCUUUCUCGGUUUCAUACAGGUCUCUUAUAUGUGUGAAACUAUUGUUCCCAGGGAUGGUUAGGCAUAUGACUAGUCAAAGUAUGUCAACCUGAGGAUGUCCCUUUGACACCAGUCUAUUAGAGUUGGACCGAUCCGCAGUCAUGUGCCACCUAUUUAUCAAGUAAUGUAGUUAUCUUCUUCUAUUGAGUUUCAUCCACAGGUCUGUGAGGAUUCUCACUUUUAAGGACAGUGUUCUGUAAAAACUAGGGCUGGGUGAUAUGGCCUCAAAUCAAUAUUACGAUAUAUUGAGCAGUUCACCUCGAUAAUGAUAAAUGGAGGAUAACUACUCCACAAGCUGCUCAGCCCCUCCCACAUGGGUGGAGUUACAUCUCCGACAUAAGACAGCGUCUUAAAGGGACAUGAAACCAUAGCCUACCUACACACAUCCAAAACCUACUUUUAUUUAUUUAUUUUUUUGACACCGAAUAUGUUGACAUGGACAAAACGACCAAAAUGUUGGUUAUUGACGUAAUUUUCAGUAUCUGUAAAUUUUCAGUUUAUCGCCCAGCCCUAGUAAGAACCUAUGAAAAAUUAGAGUCAUGUAAUUCUUAUAUUUAUAUAUAGAUAAAGUAUGUAUACUGUACAUUUUAAAAAAUAGAUUUGGAAAAAUUCAACAGAUAAAUACAUUUUCUUACAACUAGUAAACAUACAGUGUUUACUUAGGAGUUACUGUAAUACUCUUGUGUAAGUUUGUGUGUUUGUGUGUUGGGGGAGGGUAUUUACAGUAACCACUCAUCCUCAGAUUCUUUCUUUGUCUCUCUGCUCCCCCUCUGGUGCCGUGUAGAUGACACACAGACUUUCCAGUAGACCUCCAUGAUAAGUGUCACCGUCUGUUUUUGUAGUAUUACUCUUGUGCAAGCCAGCUGAUCAGUUCGCAUCAUGUUCUGCUCGCCAGCCUUCCCGUAGACCAACAUGUUGUCAGUCAAUCACGCCUAUUUUUGGCACAUGUUCACAUGUAUCCCAAAUCCCCGUCCAGACAUCUGAUUGUGGUGGAUUGAGCUGGAGCUCUCUGGAUUUGGGUUCUGUGUACCCACUGCUGUUAGCCAGUUGUGGAUUUACCCCCACAGUCAUGAGAUGGUUUAGACACAUGUUACCAGUUCAGUCAUGUAAGGGAUGCAAAUACAGAAGCCAGACGAACAUAGCGUUUUUGUGGGACACCACAUACAGUAUGCGUGUAUUGACAAGCUGGAGAAGCCCUUCAGGGAGUUUUGAUCCGAUCUUUGCCCCACCCUGCUGUAAUAUAUUUCACUACACUGUGGUUUGCCCUACAUUGUUGUCUUUUGAACAUCGCCAUGAUAAGGUAUCACUUUUGAAAGCAUUUUUGAUUAAAGCUCAUCAAAAAUUGAACCCCAACUUGUUGAGGUCACCUGACUGCUGGGAGCUCCAUAGCCUAAACUUACCGCCAGUUUGGGCCUCAUGACAGUGUGUUUCAUAAUCUCAUCUGUUAUGUAAUGAAGUGAACAUGACUGCACACAUGUUCCUGUGCAAAUCAGAUUUAGCAGUUUACAGAUUAGACAUACUGUGGGGGUCAGCCAGGGUUCUCAUGCUGUCCUGUUUGUCACAGUGACCCAUUAGAGUGUAGCCGUAGUUCUGACUACUGCCUGUUUGAGUUAGAUAAUAAUAAUACCAAUAACAUAUCAAAUUAUGAAUCAGGAGUUCUCAAUUUCAAACCAUGUUACCAUAUUAUCCCCAAAAAUAUCUACCUGCCUCAUGGUCAUGCAUAAUCAAAUAACUAUUGCUGCUCUGAAGCAGUAGUCAAAAUAGCAAGUUUCAAUGUGUAGAUCCCAGAGACGGUUAUGAUUGUUCUUGCCAAACUGGAUGUGCAGUGGUCCCCAAUUACUUCUGUUAGAACAGUGAUUGAGAACUGAACACAAGAGUGAUCUUGUUUGACUGAUGACAUAAGAGGACAGAAAGUACUUGGGGGUAAAAAAGUCCAUAUGUGAAAAAGCAGUCUACGUUUAAAAGAAGGGAUGCAUGUUAUCAACAUAAUAAGAGUAUUUGAAGAUCAAAUAUUUCAAACGAAUGAUAUACUGCUAAUGAUAUACCUGAAUUGGUGCUGGUAUCAGUCAAAAUGAGUUUGAAGAUAUCAGCACAAAUCCAACAUUGUUCAUCUCUAUUCAAAACCUGUUUCUCCAGCAUACACAGCAGCACAUCAAGAGAGCUUGCCAGCCUAGCUGCUACUUAUGUUAGCUUAGCUUGUUCCCAAAAACCCUGCUUGUUUUAAGGUAGUCCAUUCAAGUCUAGCAUGCUACAACAGGUGGCUCUACACUAAUGAAUCAGGGUCUUCUUAAGGUGUCUUCCUGUUGAAAGGAUGUGGUUAACAAGUGCUAGCUAAUCGAGAAAUUGAUACAGGGGUCUUCAUAAAUAACAUUCCAAAAGUAUCAUUCAGGGGCGACAGUUGGCUAUAGGCAGUUUAAGCCAUCCCCCAUGAACUUGUCCUCUGCUGAAUACAAUUCUUGCUCCCUACCCUCCAUGUUCAUUCUCUCAUCAGCUGGCCCCUCUAAAAACGGGAACCAAAAAUGUCUUAAAAAUAAAGGAGAGUGCCAUAGAACAACUUUUGUGCCUGGAUUGCCAUAUUGGAAAUGCAGACCAAAAGGUUAUAUGAAAAUUCCCUCCUUGCACAGCGUUCAAAUGGCCUCGGGUGGAUACUCUUGGAACUGCAGUUGUUAUGCUGCGUUCGAGUUACCUCGGAAGUCAGAAGUCGGAGCUGAAAAUGAUGUCACACCCGAGUUACCAGCGUUUUAGUUAUCAAGUCGUAAAAAAGCAAAAUCAGAGGCAGAAACAAGUUCUUUUAGUGCUUUCCUUUUCCAAAUAUAGGCAAGUGCUUAAAUAACUUUCGUAGAUGCAGCAAUCUUGUGUCAGGCCUCUGAUUUUGCUUUUUUCUGACUUGAUAACUGAAAUGCUGGGACCCCGGAUAUGACGUCAUUUUCAGCUCCGACAAAUAACUCCCGAGGUAACUCGAACCCAGCCCAUUUAUUGUUGAAAGCUUUUGAAACUUAAGGUCGAAAAAUUAUUAUUAGAAAAAAAAAUGUAAAGGCUUAUCUCCUUUCCAUUGGCGGAGAUGUUUUUUUAAUGCUUGCCUGGGCUUGUCCAUUCAGGUUAUUCAAAAGCCACGCACAUAAAGAGAGCUUGAAUUCAGAGCCUGUGCUGUUGCCUUCCACUCCAUGUGUGCCAGAAUUCAAAACAACAGCGCUGUUGCCUUCCAUGUAAACCAACACAUCAUUAUCCCUGCCGCGUCGUGAACAUCUGUUUGGGAAACACACUUCAGAUUUAGCAAAAACAAACACAACAGUUUUCCAUGUGAGUUGACAGUUCCAUAUGAUCUACCAGGUUGUAUUUUGACCCCGGUGCUUUCCUUUCCAUAUUUGGUUUGAAUUGAUGAGGACGAACAAAGGCAGUCAGUGUGGAAGCCAUCACAAACAGCUUAUCAAGCUUGUGCAGAGUCCUCGUGUUGAGGAUAACAGGAAGUGUGUUUGGGCAGAAACAAAUGGAAAAGUGUGGACGCUGUGAUCCUGUCAACGAAAAUACAGCGGGUGUGCGUUCACUUUCUGUGUAAAAUAACAUUAACACACAUAAGCUUAUUUACUUAGUCUAAUGAUGUGGACAUCUGGGUAUCGUUCCUGUUUCAUUCAGUUCUACAUCAGCAAGCAUGAAGGUACUGGGCUUUCCUUGUUUACAGCAAAGGCAACCCCCAAGCUGUUAGAUCAGCACAUUUAUGGAGAAUUGAUGUAAUUGCCAUCACUCCAGGACAGCAGCGACCGGAAGCGGAUGUUUGUUUGAGCUCUUAAGAAACAACCUUGUUUCUCCAGAUCCUCUUUCUUAGGUUGCCCAAGCAGUGUUUGCCGGCGCUUUUAAUAGGCGCAGACUAGUUCGGUCAUCAUUCUUUGAAUUUGACAUACACACCCCCCCUCCUCCUUCUCUCUAUCACCCAUCAACUAUAAUAAGACGUGGGAUGGCUGGCAGCCCAAGCUUGCAAAGUGAAGGCAAAACAAAGAGCACCAUAAGAUCGGCUGCAGAGGAGUUGAUUAUAUUUAAAGUAUGUCGUCUUGUGUGUGUAUCAUCCAGUGACUUCAACUACAUCCUUGUAAGCUAUUAUUAAACAGUCAUACUUGGGAUGUUUUCUUUAUUUGCCAAUGCCUCAUCAAGUUUAGUUUGUCUGCCUGUGCUGUGCUUGUACUAUAAUAACAAAUUUGAGCAGGUUUAGCUGCUGUGUCUUUGAAUCUACAACCCUGAUUCAAAAAAUGUUGGAACGCAAACCAGAAUUUGAUGUUUUUUUUUAAACCCUGUAUUUAAUAAAAAACAUAGCAAAUGCAUCAUAAGAAGUAUUUCUAUGAAAACAGUUGGGGCAAGAGCAUGUUUCCCAUUGUGUUGUACCACCUCCUCUCCAUAAACACUAGGGGGCUGAGGAGAGCAAUUUCUGUAGUUUUGAAAGUGAAAUUAUGUCCUAUGUCAGCUCGAUAUAGGAUUUUAACUGCUCAGAAGUUAAGGGUCUCCAUUGCUGAGUUUUUUGUUUCAUAUCAUGCAAAAUAUUUUCAAUUGGUGACAAAUCGGAGGACUGGCUAAUCAAGCACCCAGGCUCUUCAGAGCAGCAUCUACCACCUCAAAACCUGUAUAUAUAACUCAGAAUUAAUGGCGCGUUACCCAUGCUAUGGGAACUUGUGCAUCUCAUACCAUCACAGAUGCUGGCCUUUAAACCAGUGAUUCUCAAGUCCAGUCCUCGAGGCCCACUGUCCUGCAUGUUUUGGAUGUUUCCUUGCUCCAACACACCUGAUUCAAAUGAUCAGCUCGUUAUUAAGCCAUUACAGAGCUUGAUAACGAGCUGAUCAUUUGAAUCAGGUGUGUUGGAGCAAGGACACAGGGACACUGCUUUAAACUAUCCUGUGAAACAAACCGGAUGGUCCCCCACCUUUUGAGAAGAGGACAUGGCAUUGACGAUGCCUAAAGAAUUUCAUUUCAGUUUUUUAACAGCCAAUGGCAGUAGCAGCAAUAAUGUUUCUUUGUGUGUCAGAGUUUUGUGGAUGCAGCAACUGUGUUCAUAGCCAAUGGUUUUUGGGAGUAAUCUUGAGCCUAUGCAUGCAGUAAUUUCCACUGCAGAGCAGAGUCAUGUCUGUUUGAAAUGCAGUGCUGCCUGAGAGGCCAAACAUCACAACCAUCCAGUAUUUGUUUUUGCCUUUGUCCCCUUUUGAUUUCUCCAGAUUUAUUUAGUCUUUUGAUUAAAUAAAUUACCAAUAUGCCCAAAAUUCAUAGCAAGUUUUUUUUACAGUUUUAUAACAUUAUUCUUAUACUGUUGAACUGUUGGCUUACACAGUCCCUCAUAGUGGUACUCAGCCUCUUCCUCGUCAUGUUGCAAACCUGUUUCAAGUCAACCUCAUCAGUUUGGAGAUAUUCCUCCAGAUUUUUUUUUUUUAACAUUACACAACUCCUUCAGUGUUUUAUUCUCCCUGUUCCAAGUUGUCAAAACAUGUUACUGAGAUUAUUUUUUUUCUCAUAAAACAUCAAUUUUUGAGUUUCAACAUUUGGAAUAUGUUGUCUCUGAACUUCUCAUCGUGAUUUUAACAACAUUGUACACACAGUGUGGAAACUGAUUUGGAACUGGGGUUGUUUUUACUUCAGGUUAAUUACUAAGAAUAUUUCUAGAUAUUUCCUUUUAAGUUUUUGCUUGCUUUUCAGAAAGCCAGUGAAAACGAGAGUGUUGGUAUUGGGAUGCAUCCUUCACUUUGCCUCUAUAGCCACAGUGAGUUGCAACAACAGGUCUGUCUCUUUACAUAACCUUCAUGAGCAGCGAGGAAUGCAAACUGGAAAGGGCAGAUCCAUUGCACACACCCCUCCUAGUCCACACACAUACACUGAGUGACUCCCGCACACAAACACCCCGUCACUUCUUAUCUCCCCUGCAGCUUUGAGGCAAGGGCUCCCUGACCCUGUGCAGUGUGUGUCUGUGUGUGAGCACAUGUUACGCAGAGACUGGGACAGAGCGGCAGGCAGAGCUGAGAUUGUGCGACCGGAUCUGGAAUGGGAGAGAGAGUCACAGUAGCAGCUGCUCCCUUGCAUUAAGAGGCUCUCACUCUGACAGAGGACAAUCACAGGGACACACAGGACCUCCACUGCUAACACCGCCUCGUGCCUUUCAGUGCUGACUGCUGCUCUGUGAUCUGUACAGUCAAGAGGACAUCUCUGGAUUGAGUGUUUUCCUUUUGUGUAUGUGUUCCCCAUCCUGUCCGGAGCGAGGAUGAGGAUGAGGGAGCUGUCUCUGCGUCAGGAUCCUGACCUGAGGAAGGAGUUGGCUCUGCUGGCACGCGGCUGUGACUUUGUGCUGCCCUCUCGCUUUAAGAAGAGGCUCAGAGCCUUCCAGCAAGGACAGGCAGGUGUUUGUAUGAGUGUACCUUCUAACAUAGAGGCUUUUGUGGCCCUGUCAGCCUUUGGGCACAGUCUUUGAGACUUCAUUUUGUGGUCUUCAGAAUAAAUUACAGGCCUAUAAACUUAGAUAACCGUACAUAAUUUUCCCUUCCAGUAAAUGCCUCUAACAAAGUGGAACUUGAAGGAUAUUUGGAGGCGGUUUCACUCAGGACAAGUGAGGACAAAUGUAGUUAUAUCACAGGCAUUCAGAACUUUCAACGUAUAGCUCACAUCUGCUCUGUUUGUAAUUUGAUCUUAGUGCAGUCGUAUCAGGGUAUUACUUUUGCUGUUGUUUGGGUGAAGGUAUUCCUCAUAUGUACAGACAGGUAUGAGACAAGAGCUUGGUUAUUUUAUGUCGUCUCAGUUUAUGUGGUAUGUCGUUUACAAGCCGCUUUACUGUCCUCUCUCAGACCACAUCAUUGUGAAUAUUCCAAAUGUCAUGGAGGCUUAGUGGUUGUGCUCAAGAGCUCUGUUAGCAGUUAGCAUGAUGCUAAGAGAGAGAGAGAGAGAGGGAGCGAGGGGACAGUGUUGGGCUGGGCGACAGGAGAUGUUUGUGUCCUUUUAUAGCCAUAGCUGACACCAACACAUGGGACAGAGAAGAGCAGAGAAUAAGCAGCAUUUAUCAAUUAUCAUUUUACAGGUUAUAACGGGAAGAUUGCUACUGAAACUAUUUUGAUCAUCACAGAUACACAUGUAUAUUUGAGAAACACAAGCUUAACUUGAGCUCCACUCUGUCCUCUCCCAUGAUCUUCUUUUUUUAUUUAGGAUAUAGCCCCAGAUUUGAUUGUGAUAGUGCAGCCCUGAGACAGAUAGACCAAAACUGGGAGUGUGUCCGUCAUACAUGAACAAGAAUGAUAUACAUGCAACCCAAGAGAGGGCGCGUGUGUCUGUUUAUGUGAUUAUUAAAAGCCAUGGAGACUGAUCUAGUUGGCAGAUUCCUGGGUCAUGUAAAUAGUCAUGGUGAUUGAGAGUUAAGCAUGCCCUGCUCAGCCUGUUUUUAGUAACCGGCUAAUAUGUGCAACAUAGAGACAUGUUUGGAGCCUCAUGUGCUCAGGCCAGAGUAGAUCUUGUCAGAGAAUAUGAACUUAUUGCCAUUUGUCAACAGUGGUCAGUUGAAGUCUUUCAGGUGUCAAACAAAUGUAUCACUACAUAAAAAUGUGGUUUCAGUGUUGUCUGAGGUAACUGACACAUUUGCCGGAGAGCCUCACACACAUUUCAGGUCCCAGCAGGCAGAUGUAGUUUAAAGCGCACACAUAGAUGUGUCUCGGUUCUCACAUGUUCAGUGUUUUUGUAAAGUGCAGCACUUAGGCCAGACAUCUGUUGAGGUUGGUAAGAACUCAGUUGGUCUGGCACAUCAAGCCUCGCUGUACCCCCUCCAGGUCAAACCUCACACAGAUGUUUCACAUGCUAGUCCUGCAGACCUGUUACAAGAUUGGCUGUUUUCUAGAAAACACAUUUCUUCACCAUGACACUGUAGCCUUUCCAGCCAGCUGAAGGGUCUGUCUGCUGAGGAAAUCAUUUGUUUUCAUUAAUAGAUUCUGACAUACCAAAGCAGAAAAAGCACAGCUAUAAUUAAUAACAUGAGUACAGUUUCCACUCAGGCCUGUAGCUUCAAAGGCCGUUAUAUUUUCCAUGCUGGCUCACAGUCACAGCUCACAGGGACCAACAGUGAUGCUUUUUGUGAAGUAAAGGCUGAUUUAUUGAUUUACUUAACAUUGUCACUCCCACUCCAGGAUUUUUAAUUACAUUAAGAGUCAGAUUCCUCAAAAAGAAGCUAAGCAUUUAAACAGAAAUUCACUGAGAAUGGAUUCCACCAAGAAUUGUCCAUCACUUAUAUUAAAGCAUAUUGCGCUGAUAUACAAGAGCAACAACAACCACAGGGUCCUACAGCUCUGCGCAGUUUGCUCAUGUGUUGCAUUUUGUGACUGAAAUGAGCUGUAAGCAUCUCCACUCUGUUAGUAUUACUAACAGCCUUUACGUACGGACUUAUACUGCUCCUUUAUCGCUGAAAAGUUUUAGUGUGGCUACACUUAUGAAUACUCCAGUGUAGGCCUGCACGAUAUAUCGUUUGACUAUCGUCAUCGCGAUGUACGUGCGUGCGAUAGUCACAUUGCAGAGCCUGCGAUAUUGGAGGUGAAUGAACUCAUUUAAUUUCAAGGGUAACUGACUGAGAUACACUGCAUGUGACUCUGCAUGUGCUUUGCAGCGAUCCACCAAUCACAUUCGUCCUUAACUCAGUUGCCAAUCAGACUCACUUCUCAGUUGCCAAUCAGACUACCCUGCCAGCUGUCAAUCAAAAUCAGAGAGGAGGAAACCCACCCCUGCACAUGUUCUGCACAUGGAGGGAGACGUGCUUCCGCUGAGAAUUACUUUCGGAACUUUACUCAUGACUGUUUAGCCCAACAAAUAAGAACUGUAUGGAUUUUAAAUUGUACAUUUCCGUGGACCACUCUACUAUAAGCGGUGCGCGUUUUGCGAGGUGCAUGCAAUUCUUGGAGGACAUGCGUUUCUCGGCACAACACCGCUAACAACAACAACAACGAUCGCAAAAUGAGCAACGAACAAGCGAAAACCACCGAAAAUGAAGAUUUGUUGCCCAAAAGAAAAGGAAAGUCAGUUAUCUGGAAUUAUUUAGGUUAAAAGAAGGACCAAAACACGUGUUCUGUGUUAAUCUGUUGCCACAAUAACGUCCCAGCACAAUAAAAGCUAAAAAUAUCUCUGAGACAGAAGCCAUUCUAACAUUCACAAAAAUAGGUAAGAUCAGUGCAGGGUAACUGUCCUCAAGAUUUCAGCAGUGCAGCAUAACAUUAAAUGCUAUUCAGGUCAUCUGGUGAAAAUUCCUGUAUUUUUAAUAUCGCAAUAUAUAUCGCAGGGUUGAAAAAAUCGCAAUAUUAUUUUUUUCCAAUAUCGUGCAGCCUUACUCCAGUGCAAUUACCAACAACUUUUAGAAGACAGUAGAAAGUUCAGUGUAAAUGUACAGGAUUUUUAAUAGGGAUGGGAGAAAAAAUCAAUACAGCAUAGUAUAGCAAUAUUUUGUCUGGUGGUGGACCGUAUUGUCCCAUUUACCAAGUAUCGAUUUUUUCAAAUUAAUUGCUAAUAUGAAGUCAAAUCUAUAAAAUCAACUGUUUGUCCAGUGAGGUUUGCAAGAUGUGCUACAUGAAAAUAAAAUACAGCGUAAAUAAGAUGAACAUUUCGGAGAGACAAAUGCUAAAUUAACUAAACAGUUGAAAAAAUUGUAUAAAUCGCAAUAUAUUGUAUCGCAAUAUUCACUGUGUUGCAAAAUGUUAAAGUUCGCAAUUAUAUCGUAUCCUGGCCCAAGUAUCGUGAUAAUAUCGUAUCGUGGGGCCACUAGGGAUUCCCACCCCUAAUUUUUUUUUUCUGAGGCUCAUUUGCAUAGAAGGGGACAUGUUUACUUCCAAAUGACUCCAUAAUUGAUCAUUUAAAUGUAUCUAAACAACACUGGCACAUAGACAGACUUUUUGUAGUUUGUGGUACACUUAAUCCUUUGCACGUGCUUUGUGAAUAAGAUUUCUUUUUGACCCAUUUUGUACAGGUUUGCCAUGACUGAUGUCUGAUCUGUUUAGAACAAAACUAAUCAAAUGAGAAAUUUUUUUUAAAGCAUAAGUUAACAUUAGCAUAUUUAUAAUGUAGUCGCAUUUCCUCUCAUUAAGGCAGGGCGAUAAACCGAAAAUUUACUGAUACCAAAAUUUACGACAAUAACUGAUGUCAUUUUGCCCAUAUCGGUAUAUUCUGAGUGUCAAAAAAUUAAAUAGAUAAAAGUUGGUUUUGGAUGUGUGUAGGUAGGCUAUGGUCUCAUGUCCCUUUAAGACACUGUCCUAUGUUAGAGAUGUGACUCCACCCCUUCCAGUCCAUAACAAAGAGGAAAAGACAGGUGAGGAGAUGGAGGACGGUUCAAAAGUUGUAGCGGCUGAAGUAGAUGAAGUUGAUGUGGAGGGGGUGAGCAGCUUGUGGAGUAGUUAUCGUCCAUUUAUCGUUAUCGAGGUGAACUCCUCAAUAUAUCAUGAUAUUGAUUUGAGGCCAUAUCGCCCAGCCCUACCUCUUAUUAUAAGGAAUUAAACCAAAAUACCAUCUCUAUUGAUUCUAUAGAAGCAGACAUUCCCAGCUAUGGAAAGUUGAGUCACUCUUGUGAGGUGCGCGAGCAUUUAUCAGCUUAGCUUUCAAUCAUGACGUCAAAUCACCUCUGCCUAACACCAAGCUGUUAAUUAAAACUAAACUUCAAUAAAUGAGCAUUUUACAAGAGGACGGUGUCCCUGUAGAUAAUUUGUGAGUAAUUAGCCACUUGUGUUUAAUAAUAUAUAACCUAAAAAUAGAAACAUAUCUUUGUGACAUAUUUAGAUGUCCUUUUUAAUCUUCUGAAGUGUUAUCUCAUUCAUCACCUUUCUUUUUUCAGCCUUGAUGAGAUAAACAGUCAUCAUCAGUGAGUUGUAAACACGAUUAAGGUAAUCAGGGUUUCAAGCACCAGACUAAAUGAUGAUCAGAUAAUGAUGACAUCUGUUACUGCAUGAGAACUAUUAGAGGAGGGAUUAUGUAACUCAGCCACAGUGAUUACAGAUAAACGGAUAAUGGUUAUGAUUGCUGAGUUGUCACACCUCCUCAUAGAUUGACCCUGGGACUGUUCAUCACUCUGGUUCAAAUAAAGCAGUUUAGACUUUGUGUUAAGGCAAGCCUGUGCACAUGUCAGUAUGCAUGGUCUUUAAGUAUUUAGUGUUUGCUAGCAUCAGAGGCUAACAGUUUAUCUCUGUGUUUGUUUGUCUCAGGCCCAGGUGAGAGCGGAGGAGCCCGUCACCACAGCGCUGAGUGAAAGCAUUCCAAAGUUUCACUUCCCACUGGGCCGGCCCCAAGCCAACCUCAACAUCGACAGCCUCAUUUCCAAAAUUGAGAAAAUAUUUUCCCAAUUCCCAAAUGAAAGGGCCACCAUUGAGGACAUGGGGCAGGUUGCCAAGGUGAGGAUGUGAUUUGCCGCAUGGAGGUGGAGGUUCAGCUGCCACCCUGCAAAUUAUUUUCAUUACAGACAUUUAGCUCCUGACUUUAUGAAUGUUUGCUGAUUUUCUGAAAAACCUCCCGGAAAAAAUUAUCUCUGUUUCCCAGAGGAAUGUUUGCAAUCCCCUAAGGGGAGCCUGAGUGAAGAGAGAAAUGACAGUCAGGUUUCCUCUGGGAAGUCUUUAAAUGAUGCAACACUGCAUGCACCAUUACCAAGUGUGUGAAUGUGUGUGUUUGUGUGUAUAUAUUUAUAUAUAAUCAUUUUUCCUAUUAUUAUUUGGACAAAGAUCAGAUGUGGGUGUAGAAGGUUAAGCAGCUGAAAUCACUUCUUCUUCUCUUGAUUGUGUAAACGUCACCCACUGCCCUGUCUCUCCCCAGGCCUGUGAGUGCCCUCUUUACUGGAAAGUGCCAUUGUUCUGCUUGGCUGGAGGCGACAGGACGGGCUUCGUGUCUGUUCACAAGUUCGUGGCGAUGUGGAGAAAGUAAGACAAUGUCUCUUCUUUAUUCUCACUGGACCUCCAGCCAAAAGACUUACACAACCGCCUUGACACAAUGAUGACCACUUGCUAAUGUUACAGACACUGUGAGCAGCUCCCUGACAUUUUCCUGUUGAUUAGAAGCCUCACCAAUAACCAUUAGGGAGCUGUCUCCUGGCAUGUACACUAUUUGGGUAAAAAUCAGUCUCUUUCAAACUGAAAGGAAAACCACGGGGCUUUGAUAAUGGCGACCACACAUUAAGCUGUGUACUGAAUGCUUUUGUAUGCAAUAGGCAUGCUCUUGUAUUAAUGUGUGAGCCUCCAGAGAGCUGGACAGAGCUGGCCUUUGACUUGAGCUCAUGACUGAGCCAUUCUUAGAUGAGAAGCCACACCACAUGCUCACGUUAUUUCCCUGUCGCAGCCUUUACGCUCAACACUUCCAAUCACCAGGCAGCGAUUCAGAAUCUGAAUUUCAGCAUGUAUUAAAGUCGCUCCUGCACUUCUGAGGGUUACGCUUUUCAAACUUGUGCUCUUUAAAGAAUGAUAAAAAAAGAAUGGAGGGAGUGUAAGAGUAAAAAAAAAAAAAAAAAGGGAGUAACCUUGCAACCAUCUGUUCUCUCUUUUCUUCUCCAGAACUCUGCUGACCUAUCACGACGAUGCUUCUAAAUUUGUGCACCUCUUGGCCAAGCCUGGCUGUAAUUACCUGGAACAAGACGACUUUAUUCCAUUCCUGCAGGUACCGGCUGCAGCACACCCAGGGAGAGGGCUGGACUCGGUAGACGGGAGGGGGGGUGGCGAAAUUGCUUUGGCUACAUUUGUGCAAAACUGGACCUAAAUUUUGGACAGUUCUGCUGAGGCGGUGCUUUUUUUUUAAUGUGUGGGAACAUUAAUUCAGGGAUGUAACUGUAAGCCAGAAAUCUAGAGAGGUUUCCCUUUAACAAGAGUGGAGCUCCGCAGAAAUUAACUAAUAGGGGAGGAGUUGGACAUAGGAUUCAUGCGAUAGAGAUAUCAAAGCACCAAACCCCUGAAAACAUGAGACAAAUUUAUCACACAGUUUCAUAGUAUUGGUCUAAUUGACUGUUUGUUCGGUCCUACCAUGUGGACCUGCUGUGCUGGCUUUUGUAUUCUCCCCCCUGACAAGCUGUUGCUGCUCCACACAGGCCCCGCCCUCACCUGAUUCAUUUUCAUGCUGGCAGGAGCGGCUGGGCAGCAGCGAACACCCGUUAGCAUACCAGCGGAGAUGCCUUGUGGCACACGCUGUUUAAUUUGUACGGUUCCUCUCGGCGUAUCGGCUUUGACUGUUUUGAUGAAUGAAAGGCGGAUUGCAGUGGAGUAGAUUUGACUGUCCCCGCCUGUUUCCUGUGCCCCGUGAUUUAUGUGUUUCUCUAUGAUUUAAUUUCUCACAGUGAGAGUCAAAGAGGCACGACGGCUGCCCUGAAAUAAGGCCUUUUAAUUUCAUUGCCGCCUUCGCAUUUAUGUCAACAAUUCUUUCCCCCAGCAGAGAGGAAGGGGGUGGAAAAAAAAGGAAAGACACAGUGCGGUUUCAUGGCAGGAAUAUAGCUCGAGUUCAUUUAAAAUGCAGCACACCCCCUGCGACUUUACGGCGUGAGGAAGGAGAGAAGGUUAAGAGCAGUCACAGGCAAACGUCUUUUUCUGCGGCCCUCUCACUGCUCAGCUGUCAAUCAGAAAGGCUUAAGAUCAUCCUAAAACCGGUCGGCCCAGUGUUUUCUGACUUCAAAGAAAGAUUUACAUUCGAUGGCCUCUCCCAACGAGGCCUGGUGCUUUUUAUUUAUAUAGCCCAAUUUAUAAAGCAUAUGGUAUGACAGAGUGACGUAAAUGGACACUGACAGCUUCUGAUGUUUGAAUAAGCAUGCAUUUAUAUCCCUGCUCUGAAUGUCAUCUGUCCCGUCUGCCAAAGUAAGAAAGACAGAUGUGGUUUGCCAGUCAACUCUUCUCUUACACUGAACUCACUGUGUGUGUGUGUGCACAGCAGGUCACCGAGUUGCUCUUGUGCAGUGUUGUCGGUUAGUUUUGCGGGGUUUGUUAUGGAAAUGAGUCCGACAUGCAGUAGAGACCAACAGAGCUGACUUUACUGUCUGUUUUCAGGAUAUCGUGAACUCUCAUCCAGGCCUGGCUUUUUUAAAGGAGGCGCCAGACUUUCAUUCAAGAUACAUCACCACGGUAAACUAUAAAGCCAUAAAGCGAUCGAGCUACACCAUUUAUGCAAAAGUGGAAAAUGUCAGUGUGGGGAUUUGUUUUUCAGGUGAUUCAGAGGAUAUUCUACAAUGUGAACCGGUCAUGGAAUGGAAAAAUAACCUGUUCUGAGCUCAGGAAAAGCAACUUUCUUCAGGUAUGCAAAGUCUUAGGAAAAGAGAGUCUAAAUGUGUUGCUGUUCUCACUUGUUUGUACCUAAAACAUCUCAAAACUUCAGAAGUCACUCAGUUAUCUGAUUCUGUGGUCUCUUUAUGACCUACCAGAGCAAACCAGACCAACAGCAACAAAAUUAACCUUUUGAAUAUGGUAAUUUUUAUCGCCUGUAACCAGAGUGACUGAGAAAAAGACUCUCUUUACAUUUUCAACUGCAAAUAUUUACAAGAGGUGUUGUUAAUGUUUGCAUCACUGUUCGAGGAAGGCAGGAUGAGACAUUUUGUCAGAAAAAACUAUGACUGGAUGCACAGGAGGAGAUCAGAAAAGUGUUAAUAUGUAAAUUUUUGCCCACAGUGGGGCUAAAAAUCAACACAAAUGCAAAAUUCCACAGCAGCUUUAAAGAUUAAAUCUUGAAGUUAUCGCACAGUCAGAGGCUUUGCCAUCAUCAUCAUCUUUUUCUGUUAACCAGUGUGUUUUGUAUGGAAGUAAAUCUGUGCCAUCUGAUUUUGAAUUUGAAUUUCUAAGGCUGAAUAUUUUUGCAUCAAAAUCAGACUUUGAAUUUCAAAACUAUUGAAUUUCAAGCAUACGUUUUUAUUCCUGACACUUGAUGAAAUAUUUUUUAUCUUAUUUUAUUUCUGACAAUGAUGAAAUGAAUUCAGUGUAAAAACAAUCUGUCUCUCAAAAGAUUUGUUUAGUAAAAAUUCAACAUAAAAAAAACUGUUAAAAAAAAAAAAUCAACCUUAAAAAAAAUUUUCAAGAGCGAUCGAUUCCUGGCUCAAUCAUCCAUCGUCCAGCCAAUCAAGUAAAGCUAGAUUGGUCAUGUGACUCCAACCCCAGUGGGAGAUUGAGGAAUCAAUUGCUUCUCCCUGAUUACCCGGUUGUUGAGUUGGUCUGUUUUACACAAAACAUUUUUGACACUGAAAUUUUUUUAUGUUGAAUUUUUUACACAGUUUUUUAAGUCGAAUUUUUACUACAUGAAUAUUUUGAGAGACCGAUUUUUUUUUUUUACACUGAAUUUAUUUCAUCAUUGUGGAAAAAAUAUUAGUGUAAGAAAUAAAAUUGCAUGCUUGAAAUUCAAAGUCUGAUUUUGAUGCAAAAAAAAAUUCAGCUUUAGAAAUUUAAAUUCAAAAUCAGAUGGCACAGAUUUACUCCCAUAGUUUUGUUUUGCCACUCACUAAACACAAAAUUUCUUUAAUGAGCAGUUUGCCUGUUCUGGGCUGUUGUGGAAACGUAUUGGUGCAAGGGGACCCACUUUUAUGUUGGUUCAAAAGGUUCACUCUGAGUUACCCAAAACAAAACAAUUCAACACUCAGGUGAUAAUACUCAAAUAUAAACCACUCAUGAAUAUUGUUUCCCAAUCCUACCAGCUCUGUUCUGCUAAAUGCCGCUAACUUCUACUAUGCACUCUCCACCUUUUAGCUCAUUACCUUGAUUUUAGAGCGCUAAUCACUACGCUCACUUUUUCCCCUCAUAGAAAAGCGAAGGAAAAAUUUACUAUGUUAGGUUUAUUACAAGAAAAUUUCUGUCUAUCAUUACAUCAGUGUUCCACCGAGUAAUUGUAGAAACCUGGAAACCCCUACAGCACACUGAAGUCACAUUUGGCAACAUACAGUAUGUAUAUGCUCAGACAGUAAAGCAGAAACAAUAUAAUGCUGAUGCAACUCCUUUAUUAUUAUACAUGGAAAAGUUACAAAGCAUGUCUGUAAAUGAUGUUGGAUAUUUGCAGUGACAAUACGUCUGUAGCGACAGGAUGAUUAAAUUUCACAAUAAAAGUUGGCUGACUGUUUUUUCCUCACAUCCCAGAAUGUGGCUUUGCUGGAGCAGGAGGAGGAUGUGAACCAGCUGACAGAGUUCUUCUCCUACGAACAUUUCUACGUUAUCUACUGCAAGUUCUGGGAGCUGGACACUGACCAUGACCUUUACAUCGACCAGAAGGACCUGGCACAGCACAACGACCAAGGUAAAUGGCAUCAGAGUAGAAAUGAUCGGCGUAAGGGUUGCAUUUUCUUGACAGAAGACGAGUGCUGAUAUUUUGUCAUGCUCACACAAUUAAGUUAACCUCCCGCUGCUUGUUGGUACCGUUUUUGAGCUGAAACUACAUGAAAAGCGUUUGUAAAUGUUUCUCGGUCCGCUAUUCACACACAAACCCAGAGAGACUUGUCUUUGACGCUUCCUCCCCACACACUCAACACCACAUGUUCCUGGUUGAUGGCCUGUGAGUGAGACAGGGGAAAUGAGACACAAGAUCAAUAAGAGAGCAGCGUAUAUACUCUGCUCGAAUGACGCCAUGUCUGGAGCAAUUUCUGCCACUAUAUGGUCCGAAUGAUGACCAGAGGAUUUAUGGCAUUGUCAAGAUAAAAAAGAGCUACAUUAGCCUCUGUGGAUUUACAGUCUGUGAGAAUGGAUUACAUGUGUUGUGAAAAAGUUGUGCAUUAACUGAGAGAGUCUGGAUCGUAUGUGAUCUCUUUUUUUCUUUUAUUUUCCAGCCAUCUCCCAUAAGAUGAUUGAGCGGAUAUUCUCAGGAACAGUAACAAGGUAAGUCAAAAUGGAUAGAGAUUUGUUUAUCAUUUGUAUUAAGCAGCGAAUUUUGUGUGUUUAUGUCGCUUUUGUCACAAUAAUGAUUGUGUUUUUUCUCCCAUCAGAGACAGACGGGUGUACAAGGAAGGGCGGCUGAGUUACGCUGACUUUGUCUGGUUCCUCAUCUCCGAAGAAGACAAAAAGACCGACACCAGGUAUCUGGACACUUGGGGUGCUCGUUUUAUUAUACUACCAGGGUUUCUACACAGUUGGAAUUUCCAUACUUUUCCAUACCCUACGUUUUAGAAUUAUUUCGGAACAGUAUUUCAGAACUGUGGUAAUAGUCUGGAAACAUAAAUAUUUUUCAUAUCUUAUUUUUCAUUUUUCAUACUUUUUAAGACCUGGAAACUGAUCAAAUUUAUAUCCAUACUUUCCAUUCUUGCGUCGGAACCCUGUACUACUAUGUCUCUUCUUUUCCUCUGUUUGUGUGUCCUCCUUCGAGACACAAGGAAGGAGUAGAAGCUUCAAGAUGAGGAGUUAGUGGUUUCACAUUUUCUAUCUGAGACUCCUCCAGUUACUUAGAAGCUGCAGAACAGCUGAUCAACUCUCAAAUGGACUGAUUUAGGCCCUUUAUUUUAAGGCUAUUUCAAAAACGUUGUAGUGUUUUGCAAUCAGCGACAGGCAGACCUACAGAGUAACUGAUAGGUCACAAGAGAGGAUUCAAGGGAAAGAAAGGAAACCAGAGGAGCAGCAUGCAAGGAUAGAGGUUACGUCAAAGGUGCAAUGUUAAGGAAUGGGAGGAUUCAGUGAUAUUGAUUAUUCAGAUAUUCAAAAUGUUUGAUCUGAAUAAGAAGAAUGACUACAGACUGCUGCGGGGUGUCACAGCUCAAGGAAGAACAUUUAUGAUCAUUACUUUAUCCUUACCUUUAAAUAAUAAUCAUCGUAUUAAUAAUUUUGCAUUGCAGACGCGGAAGUUCUUCUGCCUUAGUGUCUCGGUCUGAUUGCAUUUCCAUGAAGAAAUGAUCAUAAAUGUUCUUCCUUAAGCUGCGACACCCCACUGUAGUCCGUAAUGGACUGGCCUGAGGUCUCACUACAAACAAGCAGCUGCUGGAAGAGAGUAGAUGAGUUGCGUUUAUUCUCUUUGCUAAAGAAAUUAGGCAAAGUUAAAAAGAUGUUUGGUGGCUAGUGCUGUGGCUGGGACCCUAUAUGUACUGUUGAUGAAGUUAGGUGCUGCUCUGAGCUUUAUUUGUGACUACAGAGUGGCGUUUCGGUUGAGGUUUGUUGUUGGCUCCUCAGCCGCUGUGUAUUGCUAACGUGCGGUCGUUACUUAAGUUGGUAUAACUAGAGAAGCAAGUGGUCAGCAACAUUCAUCUCUUGAGGGGGUGUCUAACUCAGUGUUACAGUGUGUUUGACCCUAAAUUAAUUUUACACCGGAAUAUCCCUUUAAGACUGCUUCCUUAAACCCCCCAGAGUCUUACUGAUUCACUCUAAAGUUUUUACUUUCUCAUUUAAACCUUUACUUACUCCUCCUUUCCUCUCCUCCUCUAGUAUAGAGUACUGGUUCCGCUGCAUGGAUCUGGACGGGGACGGGGUGCUCAGCAUGUACGAGCUGGAGUACUUCUACGAGGAGCAGUGUCAGAAGCUGGAGUCCAUGGCCAUCGAGCCCCUUCCCUUCGAGGACUGCCUCUGCCAAAUGCUGGACCUCGUCAAGCCUGAGGUCGAAGGUCAGCCCCCUUCAUUACAUUUAUACACUUCACUGCGAAGUUCACACACCGGACAGUCUGGCAGGCUCCGCAGACACAGUUUCAGGCGGGGGCAUUGAUCACAGAUGCAGUGAACAGUUAUAGAUGAAACACUGACUAACUGAUCUGGACUGCCAGCUGUUGGUGUCACCCACACUCCCGACAAAUUCCCUCCAGCACUUAGAUUAACUGCUCUCCCAUUUAGAAGACGCUGGUCCACAAUGAAGGUAUGCAUGUUUAGUAUUGACAGCCACAACAAGAAUGUGACCCCAAGUCAACCUGCUGGUAUGCUGCAGUACUAGAGCUCCAAGCAGAACAUGUAAUUUGAAUCUUUUUCCUCCUUCUCCUCCUGAGAGCACAACUCUGCAUUUUCAGCAGAUUGAAGCAUUUGUAAACAAUUCCAAUGAUGUGACGUUCUUAAGAUUCUUGGUAACAAGAGAUUUCAAACAACAACCUGUUGGUUAAAUCGGACGCAAACUUAAAUUUUUAAUUGAAAAGAAAAGGUUAAUGUGUUCAGUUAAGCUGCAGCUAACAAACAUCAUUUUGGGCAAGUAACCAUCCUCCAUACCUCACUCUGUUUCUUUUUCACAAAACAGCAUCAUUCAAUAUCACCAUGGACUCUUUUAUCAGCCAUUUAGGCCAGUUUAGUACAUAGAGAACCACUGUUAAACAUUUGCUCUGAAUAUUUAGAAGGGCUGAGACGAUAUGCGAUUCCACGAUAUUGUCGAUUUUCUCAAUUUUUAGUCUGCAUUUUUAACACCAGUGAAACAGUUGAAUGAUUAUGAUUGUCUACUGACUAUUCCAGGAACCAUAUUUCCCCAAAAAACGUACACCACAUAUAAGUCAGUUUUGAAGAUUUAUUCUUAAAUUUGAAAAAAUAUAUAUAUUUUUUUUGAACAUAAAAAUUGAUUAAAAAAAUUGUAAAACAAAAAAUUUUAAUACUUAUGUAAAUAGAUUUUUUUCCCCCACCCCUAAUAGUCAGAUAAGCCUGAUAAUCAAUAUGUCAAUAUGUUUCCUUUCAUUCUUUUGAAAUCAUCAGAAGAAUUUUCUUUCAGCAUUUUUUAAGCAAACUUGAGAAUUGAGAACAUUCUGGUUUUGCAUGGUGGAGUUAAAAUAAUAGAUGCCUCUCUGCACUGACAUGAAUCUACGGAUCACAUUUGCUAUUUCAGUUUUGCAUUUUCCCAAACGUGCCUGUGAAACCCUGCAAAAGUCCAGCUCAAGUAAAUUCUGUCUGCAACAUCAUGUGCAGAGCUGCUCUUUGUUUCUGCUGUCGUUAAGAGCAAGUGACAAAAGUGUCCGUUAAAGUUCUUGCCAUGUUCUCAGAUGUAAAAAGUUCCUGGCCGGGGCAGAGGUUUCUUGUUUGUGUAUAUAUUUGUGUUCAUGACAGUUCAUGUUUUAAGUGUGUUUGUAUUUUCUGAAAACAAAAACACCUUUGUCCUAGGGGUUCUUGCUGUAAAAAUAAAGACCAAAUAGAUAAAAAGUCAACAUUUUGAAAAGUUUCUUUUAAUAGUUUAGUCAAAUGUAAUCUCUCAAAUGGAGUGGGUUUUGACUGUUUGGAGCUCUAAAAGCAGCUAUAUUACAGUGUUCUUCAUGUAAAUUAAUAGGACUUUUAAAAAGGAAAAAGCUUGACCAGCUCAUCCGAAUUAGUGCACAUCCACAACUUUCUAUCCUUUGUUCUCAAAUAUUCCAAUUAUUUACUGACAGCAGAUUCUCAAAUGAGACAAUUUACUGUUUUCUGUUUACACGUGUUUAAAAAUUAAACAUCUUUGGAUUUCAAUCAGAACAAUUUGAGGACUUGUCACUGAGCUGUGAUUACUUGUUACAGACACAUUAUUUUACAUUUCAAAGAGGAGCGAAUUCAGUUAAUUAGAAAAAUGAUUGACAGGGUAAUAAAUAAUGAAAGAGAAAGAUUAGUUGCAGCCCAAAUCUGAGACAUUGUGUCCCAGUCUUUGUAGUUAAAACAUCAGUAGGUGUAUGAUCACAUCUUUAACCUCUUUAACAGUCUACAAAAUGAGAGAUGAUGAUUGUUAUUUCCAAAAUCUCAACUUCUACUGAGUCAGCGCAGUGUCAAGCAGAAUUUGAAAGUUGGAUCUGAACACAGUGUUGGGCUAAAAAUGUUGUAAAGAGACCUUUAACAGGGUUAAAAUAAAACAAAAAAACAUCCUUUUGUCUGUCAGUGUGUAAGUCUGUCUUUGAGAACCCGUCUCAGAGUUUUUAAAAUGCUUUCCUCUGUUGUGUUUCAUGUUUUUCCAUCCAGGUAAGAUCACUCUGCGGGACCUGAAAAGGUGCAAGUUGUCGCACAUCUUCUUCGACACUUUCUUCAACAUCGAGAAGUAUCUGGACCACGAGCAGAAGGACCCGUUCUCCGUCAUCAGGGUGAGACAGGUCAACUCUGAUAGGAGAUAAGAUGUCAAAUCAUGAGUUGUUUUCCCGUCAGUGGAUCAUGUCAAUUGUUGUGUUUUUAAGGAGGUGGAAACAGAUGGACAGGAGAUCUCAGACUGGGAGAAAUAUGCUGCGGAGGAGUAUGACAUCUUGGUGGCUGAAGAGGCCGCCAAUGAGCAGUGCAACGAUAUGUAAGUCUGACUUUAUACACCAUGGGCUCUAUUUUCGUGCCCGCCAGCGGCGUGGCGGAGGGUAGCGGACCCCGCACAGUGGUAUUUUCAUCUGGCGGAGCCCGGUGCACAGUCAGUUUGGUAUUUUCAUGGACCAAGCUGGGCAAGGUGGCGCGGUAGGGGGAGGUGUCGACAGAAUCAGCUGGCGCAGUGACAUUUUCGUGCUCGCCGGCAGUGUGGAAAGUGCGCUGAAAGCUCACCAAUUCAAACUUGGUCAGCUUUGAGCGCAGGCGGAGCGCAGCUGGUCUAGUGGUAUUUUGGUAGACCGACUAUUUCACAAAAAUUGUUAUACGCCUCGCCGGUGGCGGAUUUAAAGGUGAGGAGAAGAGCUGACUCGGAUUAGCGAAAACAGGUCUUGGCUGUGUUAAAUCCGCUCCACGCCCUCUCUACGACUUACGCCGCUGGGAGGAGCUGAGUUAGGGAGGGGGGAUACGUUCGCCGGGCUGUGCCACUCACCAGACCUCGGUGGACCUGUCUUACGCCGCGCCUACACCACGCCGCCCUCGAGGAACGAAAAUAGAGCCCCAUGUCUCCCCUCUUAAUCUGGGAUUCCAGAUAUUAAUUUAUCAACUGCUACUAUUAAAUACUUAUUUAUUUACUACUAAGUCUAACAACUGGUGCAGAGAAAAUCCUCUACUAACUCUUGGAACUUUAAAAAUGGUGGACUCAGUUUUGUCAGAUUACUGAAGGAGAAGUUGAUUUCUAUUUUCUGUCUAUGUGGAGAAUGUAAACAGCAGAAAGGCGGAGCUUAAUGUCUCCUAGCUAAGCCCGACGAUAUGUCCGGCAGCAGAGCCCCUCAGAGCGUGAGUCAGUGAUAGAUGAGGCUGUUGACAGGUAUGUUGUAUGGCGGUUUUAGGAACACCACUGACUUCUAAAGACAGGCUGCUAACCAGAGCAGGUAAGACACUCAGGGUACCAACAGGGACUAAGUGUUCUCCUUUUCCUCCUCCUCCUCCUUCUCUCCUUUUAGAAAGUCUAGUCCUAAAACCGCCCCUGGCUUCUCCUAUCUGAGUGAAGUGUUGACAACAGAUCCUUGUUUUGUCCGGCAACAAAGUAUUGUGUAUUUGUGGCACAUCUUAGAGCUGGGAGUCUGUUUUUGGAUUAGACGGCUUUGGUUCUGAUCCUUGCGCUUCUUAAAGAAAAUCUCCCCUUCACUAUCUUUGUUCAGUGAUGCUCCUUUGUCCUUCCUAGUCACACUGGUUUGUUGAACAUGUCUUGUCUGUCCUGAGAAAUAGUUUGACAUUUUGGGAAUUUCGGAUAUCUGCUUUUUUUUGCUGUGUAAAACAAAAGAUUUGACAUGAAGCUUCCACAAGUAGCAGCAGCUACCUGGCUUAUCUUGGUAUAAAAAAAAAACUCUAAAAAGGAGAAAGAGUUUAAUCUGCCUUAUAGCAACUAAUGUUCUUUUUUGCUUUUGAAUAUCAUGAAAAGGCAUUAAUAUGAAUUUAAGUCUAUUUUCAUUAACAUAAAAAAAGUCCUCACAGGACCUUCAAACAAAAAGAUAUUUGACAGGUUUGUAAGUGUUCGAUUCACAGCAGCAUCUCAGUCUCUGAACUAAAUGCUAAGUUAAGCUAGUCAGCUUCUGGUGGUAGUUUCAUGUUUCUGAUACAAAAGAGAGAGUUGUAUUUGUCGUCUCAACCUCUAACUAAAACAGUAAAUUCUCAAAAGUUAAACUAUUCCUUCUACCUGGACAUGUUUCUGUACGUUCACCAGAAUUCAAAGUCCCCUUUGACUUUUGAACAACCAUGUCAGCUACUACUUAUAUUGUUCUUCCUUACUGAACGUUUUCUCCAUCUUUCUGAUCAGAUACGAAAAUCCCCUAAGCCCUCUGGGUCAGCACAUCUCCAGUGACCUGGGCCUGACAAAGAGACACUUCUUUGAGAUUCCAAGUCCGCACUGCAACCUGGACCUGGACGAAUAUGAGUAUGAAGACGAUUUUGAAUGACCCUCGAUUCCUGCAGAGUUUUUUCCAGGAUUGAGCACCUGCUGAGAAGCACAGCUGAGCCAGCAGCAGUUGGCGGAUGAAUCACAUCAAGCGAAGAAAAAAACAAGAAAAAGAAAAAAAAAGACUGGCAGGUUCAGGCCGGGUUCCCAUCCUGCAUGACAGGACCCACAGCAAUAGAAAGGAAAGACCACAUAGCCAGAAGACUCUGUAGGAGCACUGGCGGGGUCUGAUUUUCCACAGAAUAGUAUAAUUUGUGAGUAACAGGAAAUGCAAAGCGAUUUGAGCGAAAUACUAAAUUAUGUCAGAAGAUUCGAAUCGAGAUGUUCUGAUAGGAAGAGCAGCGUGAGUGUCUGCCUCCCAUGCGGUAUCAUGGAGUACAGCACCAACUGAACAGAUCUGAUCCUAAAACAGCUCAUUCAGUAUUAUGUGUAUCUUUUUGAUCUCAGUCGAGUCAGAGGGGUACUCAAGUGUAGGUUUUAGAAUCAUUAUUGGUAUCGGUACGUCUCUAGUUUUAAUAAGUUUCCCUGUUCUCUCACAGAAGUCACAUCUGUCGACUUUGUGAUGGCACUAGCAGCACAUUCAGUCCUUUUUCCUCCCCCCUCCAGAUAUUAAUAUCACCACAUUAAGAGUUGUGAUUUGUAUGGUAAGCUUUGUACAGAUAAUGUUAGAGGCGAGUGCUGUGUAACUCCACUCACCUGAGCUGAAUCACAUUCUUUGCACACUAGAGCUUUUUUGCUGGAUUUUUGCACACACACACACACACACACACACAAAAACACAAGUUUGAUUCAGGUUAAGAACUAAUUAUCAUCUGACGUCAUUGGCUAAUUUUACAUUCCAGUGAUAACGGAAAGCUGUAAAUUCAUUCAUGGUUGUUUGUUGAAAUGAGGAUUUGCUGUAAAUGCCAAAAAUAAGCCACCGUAAAGCCUGCUGUUCAGACUGCCACUGAGUAGAUUGUACAGGUCUGCAUUCACUAUGGUGUAGCGUAACCGUCUGUGUGAGAUGGUGGUUGUAAGUUAUUAGAGAUGAAUUUAUAAAUAACUGUAAAUAUUUAUUUGAUGCUUGCUGUGUUGUAAAUGAUUUGGGCAAGUGUUUUAGAAUAUUGUUUUUCUAUGUUAUAAAGUCUUUGAAUGUACUUUCACAGAACAAAAGGAACCAAUUUUAAAAUGUUGUGUUUUUUCUUUAAAUUGAUAAUAAAGCCUUGUUAACGGAAGAG